AUGGCUGCCAGCUUUACACGUAUCGUUGGCCGUUUCGAUUUUGACGAAAUGCGAUACGGGCGACGACGUAGAGAGCCGACCAAUUCGCGAAGGGCUAGUUACGACGCGAUCUUCUCUCGGCUGCCACCCGACUCACCCGCGGCACCAGGUCUCGUACGUCAGUUGGGUUUGAGUGGCAUCGCGAACGGUGCGACGACCGCCAGUUUUUGCUCGAAUUCAUCUUCAGUUUCCGGGACAGCAGCUGGAGGAGUUUCUUCCGGUUUGACGGUCGUUCUACCACCAUCGUCUCGAUUUUCGACGUCAUCGUUAUUGCACUCGUUGCAAACACCAGCCGCAUCAUCGUCGACGUCGACGUUCACGUCUUCAGCUCAGCGACCGACUGCUGCAGCAAAUCGCUACGCGACAGCAUCACACCUACCGCAUUUUGAUCGA